AUGUCCACCCAACCCAUCAAGAACGUUGCAAUCGUUGGUGCCAGCGGUCGCAUUGGGGGUGCCUUCGCCAAGGCUCUCGUAGCGACCGGCACUCACAAAGUCACUUGUCUCGUACGAGAGGAAAGCAAUGGCUCACUUCCUGAAGGGGUCCACGCUGUCAAGGUCAACUACGACGACGAAGACUCGAUCAUAAACGCCCUCAAAGGCCAGCAAUUCCUCGCAAUCACCCUUAGUGUUCGUGCGCCUGAUGAUCUGCACGCAAAAAUCACCACCGCUGCUGGAAAGGCCGGCGUCGCCUAUAUCAUGCCCAACUCCUACGGGUAUCCAAUGGACUCGCAUACCAACGACGUCCACGGGAAAGCGGUCCUUAAAAGAGUAGAGGACUCCAAGAACGGUGUUUCAUCACCGAUCACUCUUUCUUGUGGAUUUUGGUAUGAGUGGAGUGUGGCAUGUGGUGAACAGUGGUUCGGCUUCACGAUCAAGGAUCGCAAAGUCACAUUCUUCGACGAUGGCAAGCGUACCAUCACCGUCAGCACGUGGGAUCAGUGUGGCCGUGCCCUUGCCUCAUUUCUCAGUCUGCCAGAGAGCAGCGUAAAGGAGUUCACCGAUCUGCGCAUCUACAGCUUCCAGGUUUCGCAGCGCGAUAUCUUGGAUAGUCUGAAUCGAGUGCUUGGAACAACGGACAAUGACUGGGCUAUCACAUAUGAGCCGGUCUUGCAACGUAUCCAGAAUGGUUCCGAGGCAUUCGCAAAAGGAGAGUUCCUAGGAUAUCCCAAGAUGCUCUAUGGGGGUGUGUUUAGAGUGGACAAUGAUAAGAGUGACUUUGCUUCUACACUCAGUGUGGCUAACGAGGUCCUUGGAUUGCCCAAGGAAAAUCUCGAUGAAGCUACAAAGCGAGCGGUGGAGAUGGUCGAAGGAGGAUGGAAUCCUUUCCCAAAUAUGGCCUGA